AUGGCUCUCCUUUCCUCCAAGACCUUGAUCCAGGCACAUGCCUUGUUCCUGUUUGUGCUGGCCGUGUACCUGACCAGGUCGCCAGAGGUCGUGACCGAGUCUGACCUCGUCUUCAUGCUGGGGGAGUUCUUGAAUCUGGAGGCAACCCCUAGUAUCUCCCGACCUCAAUCCCCUUUCGCCCUAUGCGGUGUCCUUCUCGUCGUCGAUGCCCUGGUCGACCUCAUUCUUGUGACCAAGGUCCCGCAAAUUAACGAGAUCCUGGCCAUGGCUCAAGCCGCUAGAGUGCAAUCACCUAUACCAGUGGCAGGGGCUGUACGCACGAACCCCUUCAUGGCACGCUUGACCUCGCUCUACUCGGAGAUCUGGACCCUCCUUUCCGCCGCUCGUUUCUGUAUCUUCUUUGCCGUUUCCUUUUUCAUAUACCAGAGUCAACCAUCGGCGUGGGGAAUGGAUGCCGCUACCGGAAUGGGGAACUACGGCACUGCCGGUGCCGCUACAUCGGGUCUGGAUCAGCUGAAAAACAGGGUGGUAUUCACAUAUGGCUUUAUGGAAAUGAUGUUUUGGUUAUGGAUCUUCAUCACCCUCAGGGAAGAGCGACAGGAAGCAGCUAACCGGUUCGUGGAACAGGACCGGUAG